CGCCAAUUGGUCUCCUUGAGUCGAGCCUUUUGUUCAGGGCUGCUGUGGGGACCUGUGCCUCUCGACGUGUGAGGAGUGUCUUUAAGGCCAAGAUCCCAAAGGGAGGAUUCAUCUGAAAAACCCAGAAUGGCUGUAGCUGUGGAACCUGAAGGACAAAAAGGACUUUUGAAAGUGAAUGCAGAGAACUGUCACUGGGGACAGGACUCGGUGUCACAGAAGUACAGUCCUUAUAGGAGGGAACUCUUCCGGCAGCACUUCAGGAAGCUCUGCUAUCAAGAUGCAUCUGGACCCCGGGAAGUUCUUACUCAGCUCAGGGAGCUUUGCAGCCAGUGGCUGAGGCCAGAAUGCCACACCAAGGAGCAGAUUUUAGACCUGCUGGUGCUGGAACAAUUCCUGAGCAUUCUGCCUAGGGACCUGCAAGCAUGGGUGCAGGUCCACCAUCCAGAGUCUGGAGAGGAAGCAGUGACGGUGCUGGAGGAUCUGGAAAGAGAGCUUGAGUCGGGAAAGCAGAUUGCAGACGAUUCAGAAAGCAAGGACACGUUCAUGGACAAAUUGGUUGCCUUGGAAAAGCCAUAUGAGUCACUGAAUAACCAGCCUCAUUCAAAGAAGACUCCAGUGAAACAUGAAUCUGACAGUGGUAGUAAAACUAGGAUUGAGGAAGAAGUAUCAUCACAUGAAGAUAUGCCCAAAGAUAUGGAAUUCCUUGAGAAGAUAAACAACAGACUUACCAAAGCUAUUCCUUAUUAUCCUGAAUCCAAAGAUUCAAUGAAAAAUGAGGGGAGAUUAGAAUGGCAACAGAAGCAAAGAAGACGAUAUAACUGUGAUGAAUGUGGAAAAAGUUUCAGUCAUAGCUCAGACCUUACUAAACACAGGAGAACUCACACUGGUGAAAAGCCCUAUAAAUGUGAUGAAUGUGGAAAAGCUUUCAUUCAACGUUCACAUCUCAUUGGACACCAUAGAGUACACACUGGUGUGAAACCCUAUAAGUGUAAAGAAUGUGGGAAAGAGUUCAGUGGGCGCACAGGUCUUAUUCAGCACCAAAGAAUCCACACAGGUGAAAAACCCUAUGAGUGUGAUGAAUGUGGGAGGCCCUUCCGUGUAAGUUCAGCUCUUAUUAGACAUCAGAGAAUUCAUUUAGCAAAUAAAUUCUACUGAAAAGGUG